AUGGAUGCUACGCAACCCACACAAACACAGCCGACACAGCAGUCGGCGCCAACGCAGAAGGAGGAUGUCACCUUUGACGAGAAUCACGUUUGCAGGCUUAUUUGCACAACGGGUCAAUACAGACACUUUGACUUGAACAAGAGUGUUCCCACGCGAACGCCGGCUCAGCUGCUGAAAAAGACGUGGAUUUUUGGCCGCAACGCUGAAUGUGACUUUGUGUUGAGCGUCUGCACUCGUCUUCUGAACAAACACUUUAAGCUAUGGCUCAAUCUAAGCGACAAGACGUUGUGGAUACAAGACACGUCCACCAACGGCACGCAUCUCAAUGGAAAUCGUGUUGUGAAAGGUUCAAACUACAUUGUCAACCAGGGCGACGAAAUUGCCGUCGGUGUUGGUGUGCCUAAAGAUGUCAUACGAUUUGUGGUGCUUUUUUCAGACGUUUACAAUCCUCUGAACUCCUCCAACAACCUUGUCAUCAAAGACGAGGGCAUUUACAAGGAUUUUAUAAUAAAGAACGAAACCAUUGGCCAGGGUGCCUUUGCGAUUGUGAAAAAAGCUGUUGAAAGAAGCACAGGUGACUCAUAUGCUGUGAAGAUGAUUAACCGUCGAAGAGCUAUCCACGCUGGAGGGAAAGGAGCGAUGAUGGGCGUUAAUAGAGAGUUGGAGAUUCUUCGAAAGCUAGAUCAUAAAAACAUCGUCAAGCUCAAGUCCUUUUACGAGGACAUCGAGAACUACUACCUUGUCAUGGAGUUCGUGCCAGGAGGCGACCUUAUGGACUUUGUGGCCGCCAACGGUGCCAUCGGCGAAGAUGCCACUCAAGUUAUCACGCGACAAAUUUUGGACGGAAUUGCUUACGUUCAUCGCCUAGGCAUCUCUCACAGAGACUUGAAGCCCGACAAUAUCCUCAUCAUGCAAGAUGAUCCUAUAUUGGUGAAGAUCACGGACUUUGGUCUUGCAAAGAUAAGUGACAAUGCAACUUUCAUGAAGACGUUUUGCGGAACAUUGGCGUAUGUUGCUCCAGAGGUUAUUACUGGCAAAUACGACCUGCAACAAGCAUCUCAGGACUCACCCCACAUAAACUACAGUAACUUGGUUGACAUAUGGUCCUUAGGCUGUUUGGUAUAUGUUCUAUUGACUUCCCACUUGCCAUUCAAUGGAAAGACUCAGAGUCAAAUGUUUCAAAAGAUCAAAAGUGGUGAAUACCACGAGUCCCCUCUCAAUUCAUAUGAGAUUUCAGACGAGGGCAGGGAUUUCUUGAAGUGCUGUUUACAGGUCGAUCCAAAGAAACGUAUCAUCGCCGACGAUGCGCUUAAUCACCCAUGGCUUGAAGGAGUAGAGCCAUAUUCGCAAGAGUCUGAGGAAUCACAGAAGGUAAGUCUAUCACAAUCAACUUCACAAAAGUCGAGGAAGAUUGAGAAUGGUCUACAUGUGAAUGCAUCUAUGAGCAAAUUGGACGAUGAUGUGAUGUUCAGGCCCUUGGAGGGCGAAAAGAACAAAAAGCCUAAGGACAAUAACUCGCAAUUUAAGGUACCAAGAAGGGUUGUUCCACUACCACAAUCCCAGCCCCUUCAUCCAAACUCGCAAAAAGUAAAUGUUGCGAAUCAAUUACUGCCGUUGAAGCAAAAGAGCGAUGAGCUGGGAAGGAAGCGCCCACCGCAGAUACUAGAGGACGAAGAAACUUCGAAGAGAAUUAAAGUUGACGAAAACGCUGUUAGGAGGCUCAGCUUAUCGAGUCCCAAUGACCCUGACGGGCCUCCUCAAGAUAAUUUCAUUACGUUGAAGCCCAAGGCCGACUCGGUAACGAAAAAGCCAAUCUACAUUCGCCAGGGUGUGAAUCCAUAUGCUAUUGGUCGAAACGAGACUUGCGAUACUUUCAUUAAUGAUGACAGGAUGUCCAAGAUCCACUGUCUCAUUCACAAGAGACGCCACCCAGUAAGGCAAAUGUCGAUCUAUGAGAGUCCAGCACACUGCCUUGAAGACAUCUGGCUCUUGGAUUUCAGUACAAACUCGUGUUUUGUGAAUGGUGUUAGACUUGGUAAGGGGAAGAAGGUUCAAUUAUUUAACAAAGAUCGCGUUGACUUCUUCGUGGAUGACACCGUGAACCAGCUGAUGGGGUUUGAGGUCCAAAUUGACGAUACCACUGGCCUUUUCAAUGGAGGUGAAAAGUCGGAGGACAAAUUUGUUAACGUUCUUCAGUUUGAUAGUAACGACGUCAAACUCAGACCUCCGGUGGUGUCAGUUGCCAAUCCACCUGGAACUCCGAAUAACGAUGGCCGUAAACCGUCACUACCAAGUCAGGAACUUGGUGGAGGGAUAUCUGGAGGAAAUGGUGGAUCUUUUAAUUCUCUGCUUCGUUUGCAAAGACGUAUGCAUGAUAGUACCAAAGCGCAGCCAAAACAAAGCCAGUCGAAAAGAGCGAGCCUACAAAGUGGCCAAGAACGUCCUCCUAAUGCAUGGGCUUAA